AUGUGUGCCCUGAGUGGAGGCGACCGGCCGUCACUCUGCUUUAGUCGAGCCUCCCUGGCCGUGCGGGGAGAGGGGGGCCUGCAUGCGCUAUCUGGCAACGUUGGUGUGUGUGUGUGUGUGUGUGUGUGUGUGUGUGUGUGUGUGUGUGUGUGUGUGUGUGUGUGCGUCACUAACCCCACGUAUUCUCUUUGCAGCGUGCGGAGCGUCAUGCACAAACACCUUGAGAAGAUGGGCGAGGUCAACUUCGACAAGAUAUUCAGCCAGAAGCUCGGUUACCUCCUCUACAAAGACUUCACAGAAAACGUGUGUGAGGAGCCAGUCCCUCAGCUCAAGUUUUACGAGGAGAUUAAGGCCUACGAGAAGAUUGAAAACAAAGAAGAGAGAAGAAAAGUAGCGAGGGAAAUCUACGAUAAUUUUAUUAUGAAAGAAUUAUUAUCUAACUCACAUGCCUAUAACAAAGAGUCUGUCGCUUUUGUACAAAAACACCUCACAAAGAAUGAAGUUCCAACGGAUCUAUUUGAACCAUACAUAGAAGAAAUAUUUGCACACUUAAGAGGGGAUUUAUUCAACAAAUUCGUUGAAAGUGAUAAAUACACCAGAUUUUGUCAAUGGAAAAACUUGGAACUAAAUAUUCAGCUGACCAUGAAUGACUUCAGUGUUCACCGAAUCAUCGGACGGGGGGGAUUUGGGGAAGUAUACGGGUGCCGCAAGGCAGACACUGGCAAAAUGUAUGCCAUGAAGUGUCUUGACAAGAAGCGGAUCAAGAUGAAGCAGGGCGAAACAUUAGCGCUGAAUGAGCGCAUCAUGUUGUCACUAGUCAGUACCGGGGUUGAUUGCCCCUUCAUUGUAUGCAUGACAUAUGCCUUCCACACGCCCGACAAACUAUGUUUCAUCCUGGACCUUAUGAAUGGGGGGGACCUGCAUUACCAUCUUUCACAACACGGGGUUUUCAACGAGCAGGAGAUGAGAUUCUACGCUGCUGAAGUUAUAUUAGGGCUAGAGCAUAUGCAUCGUCGGUAUAUUGUCUACAGAGAUUUGAAGCCAGCGAACAUACUCCUAGAUGAGCACGGCCAUGUCAGGAUAUCAGACUUAGGGUUGGCUUGUGACUUUUCAAAAAAGAAGCCACAUGCAUCAGUAGGGACUCACGGGUACAUGGCACCAGAAGUGCUGAGCAAGGGCACAGCAUAUGACAGCUCAGCCGACUGGUUCUCCUUUGGGUGCAUGCUGUACAAGCUGCUCAAAGGCCACUCCCCCUUCAGGCAACACAAGACUCGAGACAAACAUGAGAUAGACCGCAUGACCCUCACUAUGAAUGUUGAGCUUCCUGAAACUUUUACACAAGAACUUCGAUGUCUAUUAGAAGGUUUACUUCAUAGAGAUGUAGAUAAAAGACUUGGCUGCAAAGGAAGAGGAGCUGAUGAAGUGAAAGAACAUCCAUUUUUUGGUGGCCUUGACUGGCAGCAAGUAUAUCUCCAGAAGUACCAACCACCUCUCAUCCCUCCCCGAGGAGAGGUCAAUGCAGCCGAUGCUUUUGAUAUUGGCUCCUUCGAUGAAGAAGACACAAAGGGCAUUAAGCUGACAGAAGCAGAUCAGGAGCUGUACAAAAACUUCCCACUUGUGAUCAGUGAGCGUUGGCAAACAGAGGUAGCAGAAACGGUCUUUGAGACUGUAAAUCAAGAAGCGGACAAAUCAGAACAUAAGCGACGUGCAAAACAUAAAUUUAAGUUUGAUACAGAUGAAAAGGAAUCUGACUGUAUAAUUCAUGGCUACAUCAAGAAGCUUGGAGGACCCUUCACGUCAGCGUGGCAAACGCGAUAUGCAAAGCUUUACCCAAAUAGAGUUGAACUGCACUCUGAGUCUAGCUCGGGGAAACCAGAACUUAUAUUCAUGGACCAGCUAGAUGAUGUGUCUUCAGACUUCGUACAGAUAAAAGGGGAGAAUUGUAUUGUUUUGAAAACCAAAGACAGCAAGAUCAUUCUAACAAAUCCUGAUGAAAUUGGACUCAAAGAAUGGUCUAUAUCUUUACGAUCAGCGCACAAAAUGUCACUGGAGCUUCUCAGCAACAUGGCGAAAAAGGCUGGAAGGAUUUACGGCACUGAAGGAAAUAACAAGCCUUCAUUAAUGGCCCGAAAUGGGAAUGGAAACUGAGAGGAAAGUGCGAAGUCUUGUGUUAGUGAACUACCUUGACACAACCAACAGAUUCUCAAAGUAAACAAGCUGUGUUAUGGUAUAGACAAAAGUAUUUCCUCCGAGGUGAAAGAGGACAUUGAGUAACCACAGAGGAGAGAAAACUACCUUGUUAAUUUAAGAAAUUUUUGAGAAGUGUUUGUGCUGACAUUUAUAAGGAUACAGUAUAUGAGUGUGCAAAAAAAUGAGUUUCCUUUUCAUUUACUACUGAAAAUGAGAAAAAAAAGUAUCAUGAAAAAACAUGGUUUGAAUAUGAAAAUGCAAAUAGAGGAGACUGCAAACUACCCCAAGGAUUUAUCACAAGAAAAAGUCAUUCCAUCUGGUUUGAUAUUUCUGGAGCUGGUUCAAGUGAAGUACUAUUUUACUUUGAAUAACAGAAAAAAAUGCAAAACUGUAUAUCAACUACUUGAAUAUAUCAAAGCAUUUGUUUGACUGCUGGCUUCACUUGGCUUGGUAGUGUUGCAUUAUUACCUAAUUGCAGUGCUGCAAACAGAAAAUAUGUAGGAUAUUUAGAUAUGGGAAAGAAAAUGAAAAUAAUGACCACUACCCACAAGCAUUUCCCAUAUUGCUUACAAUAUCCCAAAAUACAUUCGUCAGUCUCAAUUAUUUUCAGGCAAGUGCACAAAGUUGCAUUAAUCUUUGGAAUUUUUUUAAUGUUCACAAGUAUAUUUUUGUGCUAGAUGAUAGAACUGAGUGCUUAAGAGUUAAUUGUUUAACUUCCACUGUGAUGAUGUCUUAUGUGAGCCUGUCUUUGAAUGAGGUGAAAAUAUUUAAUGUGUUGCCAGUGACAACAUGAACAGUAAACCCCUAUGGUGGACCUGUUGCCAGCGUCUGUCGUUGAAACUAAAGAGUCAACUUUGGUGUUGGUAAAAAUAAUAGAUUUCCCUGUGUGUGCUGUUUGUGUCUCCUUGUGUGUGAAGUUAUUGUGCCAGUGUGAGUGACCUGGAAAACUGCAUUAGUUUGUGUAAGAUUUUGCAGCUUUAUUGUACUUGUAUAUAUACACUAAAUUUCUCAGCAAGACAUUCACUAAACUUUCUUGUUGGACUUGUUGGACUUGAGUGCACCAUCUCAUGGGUUUGUGGUCAUGAGACAGAUUAUACCAUACUGUAUUACUCUAUACUGUGCUGACUGAUGCUUUCUGAUCCUUGUUCUACUGUGAUACCUCUCAGUACUCAGUCUCAAUCCCUAAAUAUCUGAUACCCAGAAUUGAAAAUGUCCUAGCAUUUUAUUUUUCGUAAGAAACUUUUUUUCUAUUAUUAUUUAUACACUAUAUUGUAAAAAUAUCCCUCAUAGUAUGUUUGCUUUUAAUUCACAAAAUCAAAAAUUAAUCACUGACUGGAGAACUUACCUUACUGGUGUUCCCGGUGAACAUGUUUGAGAUAUGCAAUAUCUCUUGUGCUUUCCAUCUUCAUCCAUCAUUCUUCCAUUAUUCUUAAGCUGCAGUGAAAAAAUAGUGGUAAAUGACCUUCUCAAACGGUUUUGUGUUUAUCCAGUAUACCCCAUAAGUAACUUUUAAUGUGAUUCAGUAAACCUUUGUUCGUUCAAUAUACAUGUCAAGAAAAGUUUUAAGGCCUGUGCUGUGUUGAACUUCUUGAAAAAUUGGCUAAGUAAGGGAUUGGUGGUCUUUCUCACUUGUAGUCUGCUAAUGUCAUCAUUACCAAAGAACUUUUUUUAAAUAUCACUUUGAGGAUCUGGUAAACCAUUUCCUAACACUUUUUAGCCUAGAAGGAAUUAAUGCAGGCUAAUGCACAGCAGAAAUACUGACUGGCCUUCCUGCAGUGGGAUAGGCAUUCAUUUUCUUGUAAAUGUUUUCAUAAACAUUUCUUCAAUGUCAAACGUUUAUUUCAUCACGCAAGUUUAUUGUUGUACAUAAUAUUUCUAGAACUGGAAACAAUGCAUCUGAAGCAAAUAUUAGCACAGAUGAAAUAGUGCUAUGAAUUUAUCUUCAUUCCUGGACAUUCCUGUUGCAAUCUGUGUUGCUCUCAAGUACUACUUACCUACUAUAAGUAAGUAAGUGUAUAUACUAGUUAUAUAGUGUGGAAUUAUUAACAGCUAAAAACACACAUUACCGUGCCAAGAGUGACCAGUAGGUAAAAGUUCAGGGGGCAGAGAGGCUGGAGCUGGUUACUUGCAGUAUGGUGUGGGGAGCAAUCUGUAGCCAUAGACCUCACAUCACUCCUACCGAAGACAGGAUGCAGUUAAGUGAAGACAUGAUAGUAGCAUCAGGGAAAAAAAAACUAAUGAUUCAUGUGCCUUUGUAGGUAAUUGAUUACUAAAUGCAAGAAUACUGAAUAAUAAGAUGCACAAGUUUUACAGAAUUGUUGAGUGAGGGAAGAUUUCAAUAUCUGUCUCACAGGAAUAAUACCUGCAUAUGGCAAAAAAAAGUGUACCCAAGCAAAAUAAAGCAAGGGAGAGAAAAAUGCAUAUAGAGAUUCAUUGACAAAUAAAAAAGCAUCAUUCAUAGUGUGAAUUAUGAGAGAGGAUGUAGAUCUCAGCAACAUGCAAGACCUAAAAUCAUCAAUUUGUUGGCAUAUACUUGACUACAGAAUUAUUUGAGUGAAACCUUAAUUAUCUCCUACUUUUAUAUUUCUAUAAAAUCAAGUACAUAUUAGGCUGAUUUAGUCUACAGAUAGUUUCCUAGUCUUACAGAGCUGAUUUUAACAUGUCUCUGGUUCUUGUUUAUAUUACUAUUUUUUAUCUACCCAGGAUGCUUUUAAAGAACUCAUGGCUUGUAUUAAGUCAUCUUCCCCUGCAUCCCUUGCACUUAAAUUCAAUUCAUGGUUGUGUAAAGAAUAGGUUGAUGAUGCUCAAGUAUGCAUCUACUCUGCAUUUUAUUAAUUUUGUGUUUCUUUGUAACACAUCUUUAUGGAAGAAAAGUAUGUGAUAUGACAGUUAAGGUAGGGGAAACUUUCCAUUAUUAAGUUCUGUAGUCAUGGUACUCUGCCAAGUUUUAAUUUCAAGAUUAAGUUGGUCAUUUGUUUAUUGAAUAAAUACUUUUCAUACAACUCAAAAUAUCAAACUCUUUGUGAAAGUUAAAUAUUGAAAAGGGAUCAGCUCUCAUGAAAGUAUACUCACAAAUUCUUCUUUAACUCUUAAGAAAACAUCCUUGAAAAUGAAAAAACACAAAGAUAUAUGACAUCAUAUCUCUGACCAUUCAGUAUGCCAUAAAAUGUAGUUAUCAAUACAUUCCUAAAAGAUCAUAGGCCAGUAGCACUGUUCAUAAUAAUCACUAAUUAAUACCAAUUAUAACCAUCACCUUUGUCAGUUUGCCCUUUAUGAAUAACACAACUUCCAAAUUUCUACAAGAUGAAACAGAAUGGAAUUGUCCUUGUUAUAAAACUAGUGCAAUAAUUCACAAAUCACUGAUAGGAGAAUUCAAUGGAAACUGUCAGUCAAAUUGAUUUUUGUAUCAGACACCAUUAAGAUUAGCAGGUAACAGAAAAAGACUGAGGCUUUGUUUGACACACAAGUAUGCUCAUGCAUAAAUACAUGCAUGGACAUGCAUGAGUUCAAACAUGAGACCAUCUCCAAUUCUGUAUACCUCACUUGGCAAAUAUGCACACACUGGAGCUUGAUAGUGCAGUGGUUAGCACACUUACCUAACAACUGAGAGGUCCCGAGCUUGACUCCUGGCUGGAGUGGAGGCAGAUAAGUAGUCUCCUUUAAUCCUGCCCCCUGUCUACCUUGCACUGAAUGGGUACCAGAUGUCAGUUGUGGGUCAUGCCCUGCCUCCUGGGUGUGGUGUGAUGUUCUAGCCAUACCCAACGUCAGUUACCUGAGUUCCAAGCUCAUUUGGGGAAGGUACUGGCACACAACCCUCCCCACCCACCCACACACACUUGCGUACACACACACACACACACACACACACACACACACACAGGAAGAAACUUAAUAAAGGAACCUGUUUGAGUGACUUAAAAAAAGUAUAGUUUUCCACAUCGAAGUGUCAACACAUGGAACAGCUUGUGGGGAAGAGGUGGUGGAGGCGAAGAGUGUCCAACAAAUGAAGGAAAGGCUGGAUAAAUGUGGAUAUGGAGACGGGACUAUUAGAGCUUAGCUCGGGCCCGUUAGACUACAAAUAGGUAAACACACACACACACACACACACACACACACACACACACACACACACACACACACACAGAGCUCCGUAGUGCAGUGGUUAGCAUGUUCGCCUCACAAGCAUGAGGUUCCAGGUUUGAUUCCUGGUCAGAGUGGAGACAUGAGCAAUCUAAUUUAAUCUGUGCUCAUUGUCCACCCAGCAGUGAAUGGGUACCGAGUUUCAGUCAGGGAUUGUGUUCUACCUUCUGGGUGUGUGCGGGUGUCAAGUUUCAGCUGUAUCCAGAGUCACUAGCAAGUUCCAAGCUCAUUUGGGGAGAGUGUUGGCUGGUGAUUGCGAGUCUUGCACGGUCAGACCAUGGUGAAUUAUAUACACACACACACACACACACACACACACACACACACACACACACACACACUGUGGCUUACUGAGCUUAAUUACAGUAGAGCCCCAUUUAGCGCGAGAAUUAGGUGGAUGAACGCGGUCGCGCUAACUGAAUUCGCGCUAAUUGAAUAAAGUAACCAAUAUGAAAAAAAUUAUUUGGUGCACACAUGGGUCUGACUUAUGGGCUUGAUAAUUACUCCAAAUAAUCGCUCACUUUAAAAAAAAAAAACUACGAUUGGCUGAGCUCUGAAAACACACUUGUCAUUCGCUGGGAGUCCAAUGACGUCAUUGCCGGCGCUCACCCGGUCAGCGGCCUCGCUGCCUUAAGGCAGUAUCACACUUGGACAACCGGCAAAUCCAAAUUUUCUGGGUGUGCGUCACAUACGGCCAAGGUCAGUUGCCCGUAUCCACAUCCACAACGUAAACAAAGCACUUGCUCUGUAUCAACAUGACGUUGUCUGCUAAAGUAAGGGCUCUCGUGACUUGUGCUGCGCAUCAUGGCAGUUUGUGCCGCGCAUCAUGGCAGCUUGUGCUGUGCAUCAUGGCGGCUUGUGCCGCGCAUCAUAGCAGCUUGUGCCGUGCAUCAUGGCGGCUUGUGCUGCGCAUCAUGGCGGCUUGUGCCGUGCAUCAUGGUGGUUUGUGCUGCGCAUCAUGGUGGCUUGUGCUGCACAUCAUGGCGGCUUGUGCCGCGCAUCAUGGCGGCUUGUGCCGCGCAUCAUGGCGGCUUGGCGCAAUUUUCAAAAUUCAGUCGUGGUAGCUGUUCGCGCUAACUGAGGCUUUCGCACUAAUUAAUUUUUUUCUUGGUAGAUGGUGGCUCACGCUAAUUGCAGUUCGCGCUAAUUGAUCUUGCGCUAAGUGGGGCUCUACUGUACAUAAUUUAAAUCUGAAGUACACAAUAUGUACUAGUGUUCAUAUAUUAUAUGAACAGCAUUAAAGAAAAAUAUCAACUUGCAAAUUCUAGUUAACUUAAAUUGUGGCAUGAAGCUUAAAUUUCAAGUUCAGUUAUUUUGUUCAGUUAUUCAUGAAUGUUUCAAUACUUGAUGUCAAGGAUGUGGAGGAAGAAAGUGAAAGCACUAAUCAGAAGAAAUCAAUAGGGGGAAAAAUCCACCAGAUGGAGACUGGUUUUACCUGUGACAGAAAAAAUUCUGGAUAUCAGACUUCCAAUGCACAAAUCAUUCUAGUAUUGAGAGAGAUCACUGUAGCUGUUUUCCUUAUCCAUGCUCAGAGGAAACAUGAUGGCAUCCCUCACAUGAACAUAAGAUGAAAAUGAUGUCUUAGUUAUUGUCAAUAUGAGAAUGAAAUAUAUAUAUAUAUAUAUAUAUAUAUAUAUAUAUAUAUAUAUAUAUAUAUAUAUAUAUAUAUAUAUAUAUAUAUAUAUAUAUAUAUAUAUAUAUAUAUAUAUAUAUAUAUAUAUAGCUGGCAACAACAAAUUUAUUGUCUAAGUUUCAUUAGCUGUAGCUGAUUUAGGACAAUUUUGAUGUGCUGAAUCCAAAAAUCACAUUGGUUUUGCUCAUUCUGGUCAACCUUUUUAUCUAUCGCCACGUCAUUUUUUUUUGUUUUUUUUACACGUACGGGUAUUUUCUAUUUAUAUUUAUUUAUAUAUAUAUAUAUAUUUAUAUAAACGAAUUCUGAAGAAUUUACAUGCGCCAAUUUUUGACUAACCGGUAUUUCUUGUAUUUUGUUGGGACAACGGCCCAGGUUCACCAAGUACCCGUGCUUUCUGUGCAUGUGGGAUAGUAGGGACAAAGUUCAGCAUUACACGAAGAAGGACUGGCCUGUACGGGAGGAAUUGGUGUCUUGCAGAGCAAGGAACAUAAUAAACAACCCUCCAGUGGACAGAGACAGGAUACUCUUCCCACCGCUGCACAUCAAGCUCGGCUUGAUCAAACAGUUCACCAAAGCUUUGGACAAGGAUGGUGGCUGCUUCAUUUACUUGUGCCACGCUUUUACAGGAUUGACUGUGGAGAAGUUGAAAGCUGGCAUCUUUGACGGUCCUCAACUCCGUCAGCUCAUCAGAGAUCCAGAGUUUGAAAACUCAAUGAACGAAGUGGAACUGGAAGCUUGGAAGGUUUUUGUUCUUGUUAUGAAGAACUUUAUGGGCAACAAGAAGGCCAGGAACUUUGCAGAACUUGUCACCAAUAUGCUGACUGAUUUCAGAAACCUCAGAUGCAACAUGAGCAUUAAAAUGCAUUACUUAUUCUCACAUAUGGAUUGGUUUCCUGAGAAUCUAGGAUCAGUGAGUGACGAGCAGGGAGAGAGAUUCCAUCAGGACAUGAAAGAGAUGGAGACCAGGUAUCAGGGAUGCUGGGAUGCGGUCAGGAUGGUUGAUUACUGUUGGACUCUGAAGAGAGACAUCCCUACUGCUGAGCAUUCUAAGAAUUUGAAGAAACGGAAGUUCAUGCCCUGAAUUUUGAACAAUGAUGACCUAAUAUCCAAUUUACAUGUACUUACCUUUAUCAAUGUCUACUAUUCAAUGUACACAUCAAUUUUUGUAACAUUUAAUUAACGAAUUGUGUUAGAAAACAAUUUUUUUAUCUUAAAAACCUAUUUCGGAUGAAAAAUAUUAACAAAAAUCAACCGAAAAUGUCACAAAAAUGUAAUCGAUUUAGUUAUAAGAUCAGAUUUUUUAAAAAUCGACUUAACACAAAAACCUGACCUGACUGAGAGAAACGGGUGUCAUUUUCGGAUUCAGCGGUGCAAAUUUGUCCUUAAUCAGUUAAAAAAAACUUUGACAACUUGCAAUUUUUUUUUUUUUUGUAACCCAGUGUUAUACAUAUACUUGUGUGUAUUUACACAUUGGUUUAUGAGCAUGUCCAUAUGCAGUUACUAUAAAUAUGAUUGAACUUCUAAAGGACAUGCAUUUUUCUAUGCUCACCAUCAUCCUCAUGUUUAUAUCAAAAGUUUGUUACUGUUUACAUAAUGUUUAUAAAAAAACAAGCAACCCAUUACUAGCCAAGAUGGUAUGUUAGUAAGAAACUCACAUAGACCACACACACCACAAGUCAUGAUUAGUUGUUUGUGAAGAAAGGUGAAGGAUCAGGAAGGGAAACAAUUAGGUCCUUUUGUACCACUGUUCAUCCUCUGUGGCAUGUGAAGUGUCUUAAUUACACCUUCAUACUAAAAACAAACUUUUCAUUGUAAUUAUAGAAACUUGAGAGGUUAUUUUCAUCAUAUUUAUUUAUACAUAGCUGUGUGAUGUAAGUUUAUACUGCUGUUGUAUGUGACUACAUUGGGAUGUAAAUUUAGGGUACUACAGUAUAGUGUUGUGCAUUGAAGUGGUAGACUAGCAGAACAGUGUGUGUGUGUGUGUGUGUGUGUGUGUGUGUGUGUGUGUGUGUGUGUGUGUGUGUGUGUGUGUGUGUG